CAGAAGCCUGUGCGGCGGUUUCCAUAACGACGGUGUGUAUGGAGAUGACGCCUCCGGCAAGGAGACUUGAUUUUAUCAACAAUACACGGCUUUAAAGCUACACGCCUGGUGUCUAUACUCCUGGCGACGGUUUUCCCUUGGAUUUUUUGACGCAGGAACAAGAUGGCAGUGACUACCAGGGGUGUCCUGCCCAUGGCGACCGCCACGAUCGGCCCAGACGCGUGGCGAGACGCGACGGUCCGCGGCAUCAAGGUGGCACAGAAGGUGGUGGAUAAGAGUGAAAAAGGUGCCAUCCUGGGUAAACAGUUGGACCCUCUGCCGACCCUGCGGGAUAACUGUGCCCAGCAGAGUAACACCACCAUCCACAAGUACGUACGGGAGGUGCGUAUGGUGGUGGUGCGGCUCAGGGAGUACCUGCUGGAGACAAACGAGGAGAUCAAGUCCCUGAUCCGGGGUAAGGAGGCUCUGGAGAAGGCUCUGGAACACCGCAGGAAGGACAUUCUACUCAACCAGCAGAGCACAGCCAUCAGGCUGACACGGCCUCCCAGGGAAAAGGUACUUGAUGGUGCAGAUGAACUUCUACAAGCAGAACUGAAACAUCUGCUGAAGCUGAAGAAAACCCUGGAGGCACAACUCAGGGAAACACAGAAGCAUCUACAGGAGUUAGACGGUGUUCGGAAGCUGCUGACUGCCGUGAUCCAGGAGAGAUCCCACGUCAUGGAUCUCAUCACCCACGCCGUCUCCUCCGUCACCGCUAACGGCCGUCUGUCCUCCCGCCGCGAGGGGAGGUACUCUCGCCAGGAGGAGACACGACCGGAGUCGCCAAGCAACCCCAUGCUUGGUGAGCCAGACCCACUUGGACCGUACACCCCCGACGCUGCUAAAGCCAUAGAGGAGGCUCGUGAAGCUAACCUGAAGUCUGCCGCCCUGAGGAGGGCCAUCAAGGAGUCCAUCGACAAGACAACCAUGCUGCAGCAGGCUGCACACCGCUCUGUCAACGAUGGACUCACACAAAAGCUGGCAGAGACCAUCACUAUGACACAACAUUUACAAGUCAGCUCUGGGGAGAACCGUGCAGCCAUGCACAGGGCACAGCGCUGGUAUGACACCACCGACAAAGCAAGAACUAUAACAAUGGGCCCAGUGUCCAGCAGUGACCUGACCACACGUGAGCGGCUGGAGCGGCCACUGGUCCGCGUGUACCAGCGUCACCCGGGCAACCAGCUGCCCGAGGCACACGACAUCAUUUCGGGACAAGUCGACUUGUUGAAGUCCUUAAAAGCGACCAGCCGUAACCUGGGCCUGCUGCAUCUGGCCAGAAUGAGGCUCAGGGACGACAUCCGUGACAAGAAGGUCGGCGCCGACGUGGACGCUCACAUCGUCAGGCUACGGCGUCGCCGUGGCAACCACCGCUGGGUGAUGGAGGGCUCCGAGGCUCAGAUCCCGGGACAGCUGGUGGCCACGCGUCCACACGUGGAGUGUCCGUAGGCUGUGUGUGUACUACUGGCCACACCGGUGGUAGCUUUCUCGGUUCCCCAACAUUUUCAAGUGAAAUUUGAGUUUUAAACACACCCAAUACAAUUUCAGUGCAGCAAAACAAAAAAUAUUCUGGAUGAAGAAAUAUGACAUAUUUACUGACAUUGGCAAUUUUGUCAAGGUUUCAUAUUUGCUUAGCAUUCAAAAUAGCCUAAAAACAAUCCAUGCAAGGAGUCCCUGUAUUUUUUGGGUACCACCCAUAAAUAUCUAGAACCAGCCGGUACAAAACAAGCAACCAUUUUCCAUCAGCAACGUCACAUUUUUCAGCCUAACAGUUUUUAGUAUUGCUAUGGGAUAGGGUUGAUUAAAGGUACCACAUGAAAAGAAUGACCAGAAAAAUGACUUUGAAAA